AUGACGAUAGAGGUCUCAAGUUUAGAAUGGUUAGAUUCACAGUGGUCGGUUUGUUCAAAUUUACGAAAAAUUUUCGGUGGUUUGGCUAUUGGUUUUGUCAUUUUGAAUUUUGGAUUCGUGGAUUUAGAAUCUUGUGCUGCUGCGAUUGUGAUGGCACUAGGCAGAAAGCAAGCUUUUUCAAUGCUAAGUAAGAAAAAAAGAGGAUUUGUUGCUGCACUGGGCAGUAAGACAAUCAGAAAAGUACAGUCAUCUUUUUGGCAAGCAUUAGAAGCAAAGGCCGAAGAAAGAAAUUCAUCAAAGCCUUCAAAGGAUACAGAGGAGUAUCGUCUGGGAAAUGAAGAGGAUUCAUUUGCAAAGUCAUUGACUAAUGUAAAUGUAUCGCUUCAAUCCAAUUCUUCUGGUAGUUAUGUGACAGCUUUCUGUGAAAGUGCUGGUUCCAAUGAGAUGAUCAGAAUUAUGACUCCAACUGCAUCUGCUGCUAAAGAUGUGGACAAAAACUCCAGGAGACAAGGAAGUUUUGAUGCUGAUUCCGGAAAGGGUGGUUCACCUCCUCCGCCGCAACAUGUUACCGAUAUUCCGGAUUUGGAAAUUCAUGAUGGUUAUUUUUGCUUGGUUGAAUUUUUUGGCCUCUGUGAGACGAUAGCGUCAGUACUGCCUUCUCGGAUAUCACGGAAGGACUCGCUCGAAUUGUUGAAUAAAGAAACUCGAAGCGUGCAAGUUAUCUUAGAAGAACUUCAAUCGGAGGCAGUCAGUGCGAGUGUGAAAGCGAAAAAUUUGGCUGCUCUGAAUCGAAUCAUACUUCAGUGCAAAGACUACAUGCAACGUCAUUCAUUACGGCAAGAUUUGAUGUCGUUGGGUCUAUUCAAUGCACUACCCAGCCUGAUUGAAUCGCGAAAUCAAGCAGUGGAAUCAGAACUGGAAAUAUUUUUCGCUAGUGAAUCCAACGAUAAUCUCGUAGGUAGUGGUACCCGUCAUCCGAUCGAUAUUUUCCAAGCAGCAUACGUAAAAUUAAAGCACUCAACGUCAGCUGAGAUUUUGCUGGAUAUACUAGAGCUUAUUGCGAAGAUUCAACCAAACGGCAAAAGACUGCGAGGUGUACUUUAUUAUCUUCAAAGAGGUCACUUGCGAAGUGAAGGAGUGCAAACUGAAGCAGUAACAAAAGACGAUUCAUGUAAUGUCGUACCUUCUGAAGAUGAUACCAGGUGCACUAAUGUUCAAAGCCACUUGAUGUUUAAUCAAUCCUCGCUAGUGUUACAGACAAUAAGACGGCCUCGAUCAACUUCUCGAAUGAAACGCUGUAGUGAAAGUCGACAGACCGAAAUGGCAAAUAUUCCAUUCAUAGAUGAUGAUAUUCCUGCAGUACCUUCUAGCAUAAAACCAGAUGAAAAGAGUGACGAGAAAAAUUACAGUUUGAAGGAAUCACCAAAAUCACUGCAGUAUUUACCACCUAUUGAGAAAGAAAGUACAGCGAAGCCGCCGAUUACUUCUGUACCUCCUCCACCUCCUUUGCCUCCACCUCCUCCCGAGUUUCUGAAUACUUCACUUCUAAAAAAAAUACCGGCCACUGAACCUCCAGUUGUCGUCAAAUCGAUUUCUGUAUACAAAAAGCAAUGUGCAACCAAUACGGUUGCAUGGGAGGCAGUGAAGCCAGAAAUGAUAGUGACACGGUCGACUAUCUGGAGUGAUCAAAGUGGCAUUUAUGCUGAAUUUAAUCAGCAAGAACGUGAACGGCUGGAAAAAGUUUUUGAACGAACGCGUCCAUGCAAUUCGCGUAUUGCCGCUACUCAGGAGCAAACUCGAAAUGCUGGUGCUGAUCAUAGAAAGCAAAGUGCAGCAUUUGGUGUUCUUACGGAAAAGCGGGCACUCAAUUUAGGCAUCGUCCUUGCAAGAUUCCGUCCACUUACAUUGGAGCAAUUAAUACAGAAAAUGGAAUCGCUUGCAAUUAGUGAUCUUUCUCUCGACUAUUUAACUUCUCUUUUGAAGCACUUCCCAUCAUCCGAUGAGCUUGCGUGUUUUGCUAAAAUGAAGACCGCCGAUAAUAUGAAAGAUGCAGAAUUAUUUUGCUUCUUAAUUGCUCAAAAACGAUUAUUGAAGUUGCGUAUAGAAUUGAAAGUUCUUGCUGACAAUAUUGUAAGCGAUUCAACUUUCGCUGCUGGUGCUUCUGGAUUUACACUGUCAUCAUUUUUGGCUGCUCUGAACACAAAAGGAAAUGGUGCAGCAGCUAACAUACGUCUUGUUGAUGUUUUAGCAGAAUAUGCUGAUGAAAAUUUGCGAGCUGUUGUGAAAGUCCUAGAUUUUUUGGAACCUGCAAAGAAAUACUCGAUUGAAGACUUGGAAAAAUCAGAAGCAUCACUUCGUCGUUCUUUGGAACUGUCAUUAAAAAGUUUGCAGGAAUGUGGCGAUGGUGAACUCUAUGCAUAUUAUUCCCCUAUCAUUAUGGACUCCACAGCAAAAUGUGGACAAUUAUCACGAUCCAUCAAAAAAGUGCGCCAUAAUGAGAGUCGUUUAAAAGAAUAUUACUGUGCUCCACAAUUGGGUUUGGAAAAUAUCCUUGAGAUUCUGAGCCAGGCUAUCAGACUUUUUAAAGACUCGCUUAUUAAAGCAGAAGCACGUGCUGUUCGUGCUGAACGAAUGCAGCAACAACGCGUAAAUGCUGGUAACGAUGCCGUUGCAGUUCGUGGAAGCAGACGUCGAAGAAAUGAUCAAAUUAGAACCUUUGAAUCCCCAAAUGUGAAGGAUCUUAUCGACAUAAUUAAUUCAAAUGAAUGUCGCUAA